AAGAAACCCUGAUUAUCGAGUUCUGUGAGAUCUGCUAUAAAAUAAAACUAAGAGAGAGGCCUGGCUUCUGCUUGUGAGAGAGAAGUGGGGGAAAAAAAAUUAAAUUAAAUAGAAAAGCUUAAGAUCUAAUAUAAAUACCUGUCUCUCUAUUCUAUCUGAGUGUGUCUAUCUAUCUUUGAAUAUGAGGAUUCGGAAGAACGCAAAGCUCACUUCGAUAUUGUCUUCGCACGAUUCAGCACCAGAGAGUCUGCAGACACACGUGUGCCAGCUGAACCAGUCGCCAUGGGAUGUGAUUUCGUUCUCUCAAGAGGCCUACCCACCUUUCAAUCCUCAGUUCGAAGGAGAAGAUAGCUUUACGGGAAAUGGAAGCUUUGGAGACUCUAUCGGCGCUGUUGAGAGCGUGGCUUCGAUGAUGGACGGAGAAGAGAAGGCAGUGAUGUUCAAGGUCGAAGAUAUGAUUAUCGACGAUAAUGAAAUGGAGGAUAAUGAAGAAACGAAAAUGGAAGAUGAACUUGGGUUUGAGAAAGAAUACAAAACGCUGUACUGUAUCAAAACUGACGGCAAGGGCUGGCAAUGUAGAAAUGAAGCCAAAGAUGGGCGCACCAUGUGCGACCAUCACUUAUCGUUAAUCAAAUCUUACAAUAAUAACAACACUUCUUCUUCUUUUACAAAGAAAAUCGAUAAGGGAAUAGGAGUUCGUAGAGGCCGAGCUCGGGCCAAAAAGGGUUCAUCAUCGUCGUCCAAUCCAUACGAAUUUUACUAUUAUUCUGGGUUUGGGCCGUUGUGGGGCAAGAGGAGAGGCGAUAAAGUAAAUGAAGGGAAAAAGUUCGAAGAUAGAGAAGUUGAGGAUGUGAAUCAGCAUGAUAAAACGCCAUCUUCUUCUCAAAUCGAUGAUUUCGAUUUUGUAGAUUAUGAAGACGAUGAGGACGACGAGAAUGGAGACAGUGGGAAGAAAAGAAUGAGAAAACCAGUGAAAGCAAGAUCAUUGAAGUCUCUCAUGUAGAUGGAAUGGGGAAAAAAAAAAAAAAACUUACCUUGGGUUUUUGUUUUUGUAUUUAAUCGUUGUUUAUUUUUAUUUUAGGUUUUUUUUUUUUUUUCACUUCGGGUAAGUCGUUUAGGGUUGUUCAAAUUUACAAGUUUUGUGACUGGUGGUGAGAUUAGCAUCACUCUAUUAACGUGGCUGUAAUGUAGGAGGAUGUCUACGGUGUGAUUCCCCUGGACCCAAGGAGUUGUAUUAUUAUUUGUUAAUCACUGAUUUCAAAUGCAAGGGUGCUUUUGUAA